AUGGCGCCGCCCCGGGUCAUAGCUGACUCGGAUGACUCGGACGACGGCUUUGAUCUGGGAGACGAUAGUCCGAUGAAACCUCCCACUCCCAAGAUACCCAGUGGGGAUCGUUCCUCUGACUCCGCGAGUGUCGCAACCGGCUCAACCGACCCCAAGUUCUUCCAAGCGAUUUACGCGGAACAACAGCGCGCGGCUGUUGACGAGGCACUAUCGAAUCACGUCCGAUCAUCCACAUCCGACAACCCCAGUUCCCUCGCAGCUCCCGCGAAGCCACAGGCAAAAAAAGACUCGACGACAACGACGACGACGACGUCGUCGUCGUCGCUCCCCACUAUUCCCGAUCCUGUGAUGGGCUCCCACCGUGCAAAGAAGGCCGAGAAGACCAGAGUGGUCGUGGAUCUUACGCAGGUUAUCACACCGGGCAGGAGCAACAAUGCGACACCGAGAGAUAUGUGGGAUGUUCCCAGCAGCCCUGCAAGCGACCAAGCGGCACCUGUUUUCCCUAUUUCUUCAAAGGCCAGGACCCCCUGCAGCAACAAGAAGAGAAAACGAGGAGACAAGAUGGAAGCUACUUCACCGUUGGCCACUGGAAUACCUUCUCAGGGCUCGACGCAGCCUUUCGAUGCUACACCGGCCACAAGGACGAAUGCUGUCUCCGUCCACGAAGCCAAACGAUGGAGGCUUGGGAACCCCGAAUCGUCGUUACCGGCCGAAGAUGACGUCGACAUGGUGGUGCCCCUCGAUGUUGCCGAUGUGCCCUCGUUCAGAGACCUAGUAUCAGGCCAGAAGCCCAUCUCUCUGUGCAUCGAGCCCCCCCAGACCCUGAGCGCAAGUCAACGACAGGAGUACAAGUACCACUCGGUUGACCCGUCUCAGGAGGAUCAAGCCCCUGUACCGACUCAGCCAUUUUCUGCCCUGCCAGCUACGGCUCGUUCGAGUGGGGCGACAACAAUAGCAUAUUCUACUCCGAGCCAGACACGUGUGGUUGGUCGGCCACUGACGACUUUUGCGGACCACACGACCCUAGAUACAGUUCCGGAACGGACACAAGAGACUUCCAAAGUAGCACUGGAUCCAGAGGCGACCGUGGAGAUUCUGUCAUCCCCCGAUAUUAUAUCUGCAGCCCCAGCUCGCCGGAAGAGGGGCAGAGAUGACGACAAAGCGUACAAGAAGGUAGAAACCCAUCAGGCUAAUGCCAGCUGGGAUUCGGACGGCACUGGAUUCCAUUGCAAAACGUUUAGGCCUCGCACGAGCCGAAAAGUGGCUGGCGAUGGUUGCUGGCAGGAUCAGACGGAGCACCGAGAAGAGACCAAUGUUCCCGCGCCUGACAUGGGCGCAGCUGCGCAGACUCCCACUGGGGAGUCCGCGUUGGCCAGCUUGCCGAAGGCGAAGAGGAGGGGACGUCCGAGGAAAUCAGAAGUGGCGGCGGUCGCCUCCACCGUCGCCAUCGAGGCACCAGCCCCGCCACAAGCCACUGAAUCCGAUGAUGUCGCCAAGGAAUCUGCAGGGGUGGAAGCAGGAGCUGCAGGAGCAGCUACACCGCAAACCAAGAAGAAGCGUGGUCGACCAAGAAAGGCGGAUAAGAGCGCGAUGGCAAGCGGGAGGCAGGGAGCGGAUGAACAGUCCCCAGCAGAGGUGGAAGGCUCCCACACUAGCAAGCACAUGGACGUCGAAAUGGACGAGACGCCCACGAAGGGUAUACAAGCACGCGAGCCAGUAAAACGCGGCAGGGGCAAAAAAGGCGACCAAAAGCCAGGUCUCACAACAACAGGUGUGGCAGGGACGUCGCCAACGACCGAUGGCUCCCAAGUGAGGGGCGAGGAUCUAGUGCUGCAGCCCGUGACACCCAAUGUAGAUUCCAAGUCCGGUUCCGGCGGACCGGAUCCACAAAGCGCGGCAACAGAGCAGAAAGCGGCGGCUAAUUGUGCGCUCGUCGGCAAAGGCGAGAGCAAGACGGAGGAGGUGUUGGGGAAAGCUGAUGGGAAGAAGAGCUCGAUGGCGCCCGCGUCUUCGGCAGGAAAACCGAUAUACCGAGUUGGGCUCAGCAAGAAGUCGAGGAUCGCGCCGCUUCUGAAGUCGCUCAGGAAGUGA